CGGGGGCGGUGGCUAGGGUCGGGGCGGAGCGGGUGCCUGCAGCAUCGCCGGGGAACGUGGGCGUCGCCGGGACUAGCGCUCAGGCUAGGCGCGUCCGCGCUGGCCAUGGCCGGACCCGCUCCGUUACCGCUGACCUUUGAAGAUGUGGCCAUUUAUUUCUCUGAGCAAGAGUGGCAGCAUUUAGAGGCAUGGCAGAAGGAACUGUACAAGCAUGUCAUGAGAGCCAAUUAUGAGACUCUCAUCUCUCUAGAUAGCGGACUUCCCAAACCAGAACUAAUAUCCUGGAUCGAACUUGGGAGAGAGCUCUUCGGCAGCUGGGGCGAAAAACAGAGACUGGAGGAAGGGGUUCGCUCCUCUAUAGGUGAUGUGCACUUCCGUCUAGUUUUUGAGGAACAGUUACUUGAGAGUAGCCAGCAAGCUGUGACAUCAAGAGAAACCACAUACCAUUUCUGGUUAAAUUCUCUUGAGAGUCCGCAUUCCUGUGGACUUGUUUUAGGAGAAAGGGAAGAUGAUUGCCAUGGGCAUGACCAAGGCAUUAGUCCUGUAAAUGCUCAAACACGGAGCCCAGGGGCUCUUGUUGCCGUCCUGCACAGCUCCACUGUGGCUGCUCCAGGAGGAGGACUGUCAAGUCAUAGAGUGCUGGAUCUCCCUGGCUUGCAGAAAGUUCCCUCUUGGCAGAGCAUUCAACACUCCUGUCUUGUCUGUGGGGAAAACUCUUGGGAGAAGAAUCACUUGGCGAAACACCAAAAGGGCCACUCUAAGAGCCCAUCGUGGAGAGUCUGGAAGAAGCUCAGCAGACAGGCUGACGUGCAACAGCAGUGGGACCUCUCGUGUCCUGAAUGUGGGGAGAGCUUCUGCCUGAAGCAGUAUUUGGUGAGACAUCUAGAUGCCCAUACAAGAAAGAGGCCAACACAGUGCCCUAAAUGCAAAAUGUGCUUCUAUCCUGAACAGCCCCUUUUCAGCCACUACCUCAAGCACAAUUCUUGCCAGCACCCAACAUGUGACAAGAGCUCCCCGAUGGAUAGUAACGUUCUCCAGUACCAACAGAGCCAAGAGAGGCCAGCCCCCUGGACAGACGACACCAUUAUGCCCUCAAGACAAAAGCCAGGUCCAAGUCUGGAAGGUGAGGGAUGCUGCCACAGGGACCGCGGAAUGAAAGCCCUGCAGUGUGGCGGCAUCCUAGGUGAGGACAGACCCUGCUCAUGCGCAGAAUGUGGCAACUGCUUCCUCUCACAGUCUAAGCAGGCCAGCCUCUGCUGGGCACACACAGGAGAAAAAUCCUUUCAGUGUCCAGAAAGUAACAAGCACCUCUGCCCAAGAGGCCUGCAGAAUGCCCACCGAUGUGUGCAGAGCGGGGAAAGGCCGUUCUCCUGUAGAAAGUGUGCUCAGAGCAUCACCAGACAUUGCAAACUCGCAGAACACAACCAGAUCCUCAGCGGAGAGAAAACUUUCUGGUGUGCCCAAUGGUGUGGGAGGAACGUCAGUCAAAAGGGACAGCUGCUGAGGCACCAGCGGCGGCUUCACCCGGAGGAAGAGCCCAUUGAGUGCACAGUGUGCGAGUUAUGCUUCCGUCCAAAGGGUGGGUUGAGAGCCCACCAACUGGGACAUGGGGGAACAAGGCCAUUCUCCUGCAGCGAGUGUGGCCGAGCCUUCACCCAUCAGUGCAAGCUCCGCGAGCAUCUGAGAGUGCACAGCGGUGAGAAGCCCUUCCAAUGCCCUGAGUGCCUCAAGAGCUUCCGUCUAAAGGGCGUCCUGAAAGCCCACCAGCGCACCCACAGCAAAGAGAGGCCAUUCUCUUGCGGGGAGUGUGGCAAGGGUUUUACUAGACAGUCUAAGCUCACGGAGCACUUUCGUGUCCACAGUGGGGAGAGACCCUUCCAGUGUCCUGAGUGUGACAGGAGCUUUCGCCUCAAGGGGCAGCUGCUUAGCCAUCAGCGCUUACACACCGGAGAGAGACCCUUCCAAUGCCUGGAGUGUGGCAAGAGCUACCGUGUGAAGGCUGACAUGAAGGCCCACCAGCUGCUGCACAGUGGGCAAAUGCCAUUCUCCUGCCAGUGUGGAAAGGGCUUUGCCAAACAGUCAAAACUCGUGGAACACAUGAGGACACACACGGGAGAGAAGCCUUUUCGGUGUCCCAAGUGUGACAAGAGUUUCCGACUGAAGGCCCAGCUGCUCAGCCACCAGGGCCUGCACACAGGCGAGAGACCUUUCCACUGCCCUGAAUGUGACAAAAACUUCCGGGAAAGGGGUCACAUGCUCAGGCACCAGCGCAUCCACAGGCCUGAGAGGCCCUUUGCCUGUGGCGACUGUGGGAAGGGCUUCAUUUAUAAGUCUAAACUGGCUGAGCACAUCAGAGUACACGCAAAAUCCUGUCAGGUCCCCCGUGAGCCUGACAUUAAGAAGAGGCUUAGCCAACUGUUUGCAAUGAUAGAGGCUGACUGGAGUUGAGGCAGGUGGAACAUCAAGGCUAUGAGCAAAGCCAGCCUGAUGGGACAUCAAGGCUAUGAACAAAGCCAGCCUGAAGAAUGGUGGCUAAACCCACUGCAAAGUGGGUUUUAGGAACAGAGGCUCUGCUUUCAUAAAACAAGAACAACGACAAUAAUAAUAAUUUAAAAUGGGAAACUAUGAAGAAUUUUCUCUUUUGGAAUACCACCAAAUAUUUGCUCUCCCUUGGUAAAAAUAAAAAGAGGUUAUUUGUUGUUCUUUCUACCACAUUAGGAGCAUUUCUCCCAAAUGCAGUGAGUUCAAAAGUCCCAUCUUAAAGCAGAAGGAAAUCCCUCCAGUACCACUGUCAAAGCUUAAA